AUGCACUACCGGUUGGAGACGCCUAUUCCAAACGGGCAUAUGUUUCAAGACACCAAGAGUUUAACAAAUAAGAGUUACAAAUCAGGCUCGGGCAAGUUCAGUUUCAACCCAGUGGGGAGGCUCUCUACCCAGGCAGCCGCGGCGGGCCGCCGGGGUUGGGUCGGGAAACCCAGGAGGCAGGGCUUCGCCUUCCCUGCGCCUAGACCUGAGCGCUGUAGUUCGGAAUCCCGGCUUGGAGACGUUCCCGAAGUUCCAUAUUCUCUUACCAUUUGUUUAGAGGACCAUCACCUUCCUGGAAUCUCUAAGGGUUUCUUCUUGCCUCGUGCCCCGCUCACCAGCCCUACUGACUCAGCUGCGAUGGAAGGGCCCAGCCCCUGCAGAACUCCUAAACCUUCUCCCAAACCCAAUCGAGACGCGUUGGGCCCUAAGACUGUCAUUGCCUUACUUGAAAUAGAAUCACUUCCCCCUGUCUCCUGCACGUCUCACUUUUCCUUAAGUCAUAGUUGCCAGCGAGAGACUAAACAACAGGCUACAAAGAAGUGUGAAAAGUUAUUAAAAGAAAUUAAAGAGACUCUUCAAAACAUGAAAUGUCAUGAAAAGAAGAUGGCAGAAACGAAAGAAUCUUCUGAGGAAACUGAUAUUGCUGAGGAACUGUCAGAACUGAAAGAAAAAGUCAGAGAACUCGAUAAAAUAAAUAAAGUGCUAUUGAAAAGGCUGCUUUUCAGAGAACAGAGUGCGAAGAAACAGGUGAUGAUGCUGGAAAACCAGAGCUCGGACGACAGUGUACAAGGUUUGGCAAGGGACGCGGUAAAUCCUUCAGAAGAAGGAAGAGCCGUUCAUAAAACUCCACUAAGUAAGGAAAAGGCAGAGUCUGGACCCCAUCAUGUGCAAGAAGAAAAUACCAAACUUAAGAAGAACAUGGAGCAGUUACUGCAGGGAGCGGAACUCUGGAGUGUGCAACACGCGGAGCUGAGUGAACUGAUGAAGUUGUACCAGAAAUCUCAGCACAACUUAAGAGCAACUGGUGAAAGUUACGGAAUCCGUUUCCAAACCCCACCGCACAGCGUGUUCGCUAACUAUGAGCUGGAGGCCCAGAUGAGGAAACUGCACCACAACACGCAUUCACUGCACGUGAUCACAGCUUUGCUGGAGAACGAAUGCCAAAUCCUGCGGCACCGAGUGGAACUCCUCCGGGAGCUCCACCGCCAGAAAGACGCAGCUCUGCACCAGAAGCCGGUCCGGGUAAACUGUGAGCAGGACAGGAAGGCAGGAAGGUACAAGCAGAAUAUGCAAGGCACGGAAGUUACAUUUCAGAUCAGAGACAGAUAUUAUAAAAACCUGGACUCUUGUCGGAAUAAGAAAGCUCGUAACAACAGGUUCAAUCGUUGUCUUGCAAAAGCCCUUCAGAGACAAAAGAGGCCCGUCAGCAGACGAAGGUAG